GUCCUGCAUGCGAUGACAAAUCCGGACCAACAUAUUACCCAACUUUUGGUGGCGCGCGAGCUUAAAGCCAGGCUCGAGCUGCUGUCCCACACCAUCGCCGGAAAUCCAUUCCUUGGUCUGCCAUCUUUCACCAUGGCAUCUACGCUCAAUACUAUUCUCCGCAAGCACGCCGCCGACAAAGAAGACACCAAGGACAAAGUUCUUGGUGCCUCCUUUGUCGUGGUAAACAAGAAUGGCGUCCUCUACAGCGGUUCGGCGGGACGCAUCGACUUUCCCACGGACGCGAAGCCCUGGGACGUCGACUCCUUCACAUGGGUUGCGUCCAUGACAAAGCUCAUCACCUCGACGGCCGUCAUGAAGCUUGCCGAGAGCGGGGCUGUCGGCCUGGAUGACGAUGUCCGCCUUGUGGUCCCCCAGCUGGCUGAGCUGCAGAUUCUGCGGGGGUUCGACAGUAUUGGGCAGCCCAUUCUGGAGGAGAACGAGCGGCCGAUCACUCUAAGGAUGCUUUUAACCCAUACCGCCGGCAUGGGUUAUGAUAUUAUCGAGGAGGACUUGUCGAAAUGGGCCGCCACGGUCGAGCGACGCACGAAUCUGAGCGCGACCCUGGAUGGCUUCACCACGCCUCUGAAAUAUGUUCCGGGAGAAGGGUGGUCCUACGGGACCAGCAUUGAUUGGGCUGGACAGGCCGUGGAGAAAAUGGUUGGCAAAACCCUUGGCGAGCACCUGUCUGAGACCAUCUUCGGCCCGCUCGGCAUGCAAUCCACCACCUUUUGGCCAGAAAAGCUGGGACCGCAAGUGGCGGAACGGACGGUGGCGUGGCAAGUCCGCGAGGACGACGGUUCCCUCUCGCCGGGCGCAGACCCGCGAGACAUGGGCGCCGACGCCAUCGACAGCGGCGGGGCGGGGCUGUGGACGACGGCGUCAGACUACGCCAAGUUCCUCCGGGCGCUCAUGGCCGGCGAGCUCGUUAGCCAAGACACGCUGGACGACAUGUUCGCCCCACAGCUCGACCAGAGACAGCGUGCGGGGCUGCAGGAAUACGCGGACCGCUGGAAGUCCCUGGCGGCGGAGUUCCCGCCCGAUAUGCCGCUCGAUCACUCGCUGGCCGGGUGUGUCAACAUGCGGGACGCCCAAGGCAAACGAAAGAGCGGCUCGCUGCAGUGGUCGGGCAUGUGCAACUCGCACUGGUGGAUGGACCGGCAGACGGGGGUGGCGGCGGUGCUGGUGGUGCAGACGCAACCGCUCGGCGACGGGGUCGUGACGAAGCUGUACGACGAGCUGGAGAGGGCCGUGUACGGGGAGCUGCUGAGCUAAGGGGCGCAUUGAUUGGCGGCUGGCGGUUGCAUCAGUGGUCUGCAGGUGCUACCUUGGGUGUUUGGAAUAGGCAGGUAGGGGAGAGAUGGUGGGGGUGCUCGUAUAGGUUCCAGGGAUCACAAACACUAAUGCGGUGGAGCAAGAUACAUUUUCUUCCUUAGAAAACCAAGCCAAACCGAUGUAUAUUUAAUGUCUUGCACGCCAAUGGAUUCGCCCCCUCUUUCCCGC